CGAUCGUCCACCACUCCCCUUUACGCUGAUCCAGAUGUGAACACGAUGUGAAUCUUUACAAGAGCCAGCAGUGAGCUGCACAACCGACCAAAGGACGACACAAGUUUGUCCGUAAGAUGUCUGUGGAUCUGUUUCGUGUGAGUGAACCAGGAGGAACUAAUGCAGGUCUUCAAAGCACCACAGUGGGGGGCAGCAAACCUUUACACCGCUUCAUUAAGAGGCAACCAAAGACUGUUGGCAUCAUGGUGCUGGUCUUGGGCUUGUCCUUCUUCAAUGUUACCAUCAUGACCACACCAGAAUACUCUAGGCAUACCAUGUGGACAGCCUUCCCGCCUGGCUUCAUGCUGGGAACACUGUUCGUCAUAUGUGGGACUAUGUAUAUUGUGACAGAGCACAUUCCAACCAAGAAAACAGUAACCAUAUCGCUGGCUCUCAGUCUUGUGAGCAUACUGGUGGCGUGUUGGACUACCCUGCACAUUGUGCCCAUGAUGGCUAGCACCUACCACUACAGACACUACCAGCAUAUCGACGAUUAUUAUACAUAUUCAAUUUCAUCUUUUGCGGUCAUGGAACUGUUUGUGGAAAUAAUCUUCCUGUUCUACAGUAUUGCGGGUGCAGUGACUUUAAUAGUAAUGUCAUGUCUGGCCGUGUCCGCCCUGCGUUCCACAAAGACUGAGGCCAUUAUAGUGAUGACUGCUGCACAGGCUGAAGCACCAGUGGAAUAACAAGAAUAAGAGGAACGUCUGAAGCAGGAUAAAUGUCAGAGAGAAGCAAUAAGAACCGCACAAUAGGAUUUAUGAUUGCAAAAUAGCAUUUCUAAUUCUUUGUUGGCUAUAUAGAAUGAAAUACAGACAUGUGAGUAUAUGUAUUGCCUUGUGGUGUGUAUGUGAUAAAUUACUACUUCCACCACCCUGUGAGCAUUGUAUUUCAUUCGUUUGAACAUUUGCCACCAGAUUCAACAGGGUGAUAGCAUUGAUGUUUUACUUUCACUGCUCAGGCAAUUAACUGAUACUAACUCUGGGUUCUGCCUGUCAGCACAUUGUAUUUGCACUUUUAUCAGUCAAACCAAUGUCUCUCUGAGAUAGUUAAAGAAAGUUUGUGUGGGCUGUUUUAGUUUCUCAAAAAACACAUAAAUCAAUGUUCAAUGUUUGCUCAUUUGUACCACAUUUGAUAUGAUGUAUCUAGUUAUUUUUAUCAAUGGUUUAAAGAUCAUUUACUGAUACUUGAUGUAUCAGUUGUAUACCAUUAUUUAGAAAAUCUUUUGUGUUGAGAAGCUGUUAUUAUUCUCCAACAUGACUUUAUAUGCUUUGUAUCCAAACAUUUCAGCAAUUCUAAUAGUGUAUAUAAAAAAAAAAAAGACUCAUCAUAUUAGAAAAAGUAUUGCUAGCAAAAAUGAAAUCAAAAUGACAGAAGACUGAACUAGGAUUGAUUGUCUGUUAUACUGCUGUAUAAUCUUGGUGCAUAGGAUAGAUAUGUCUAAUGCUGUGCUGUGAUCGACAAAAAGAGAAACUAAUGACCUUUAAUCUAAAAUGUUUGAUGUUCAAAGGCCUUUUGGGAAUCCAGUGUAAGUUGUACCAGAGAAAAAACACAGAGGACGCAUGCUGUUGUGAUUCAAAGAUGUGAAUUUAUGUGGAUGUUAUGAUGAUUGUCACCAGAUUUCUGUAGGGAAGUAUAUGCCCUGUUAUUGUUAUAAGUAUGUCAAACAUGCACAGACACGAUAACUUGUGAUUAUUUAAGCCAAACAAACACUCUGAUCCGUGUUAGGUCAUUUAAUUUGAUAAUUGUAAAAUCUUUCUGCCUUGUAGUCCUUUAAUUCAAGCAGAGAUAUACUUACUCUACAAUUUCAUAUGGAAAUAAGAAGUACGAAUUAAUUUUUCUUCUUAAUGAACACAAUGCUCUUCCCAUUUUUUUAAGUAAAUCAUUUGUUUUGAUGAUUUUCACCUGAUUCUUUCUGUGAAAGAUCGUAUGAACUCUUGACCAGAUAUCUGUCUCUGUGUUGACAUGGAUGUCAAUCCGGUUUGCUUUCCCGUGUAAAGAUUAUGUUCAGGGCACCGUGAAGCAGCGUGCAAGCUACUGUCGACAACAUAGUUUGAAUAAAUCUGUACAGUGGACACAUUUUUCAAUAAACUCAAAGGUGAUUGCUA